CGCAGACUAGGAAGAUCAAGAGGAGAGCAAGAAAGCGAAGAAAAAGAUUCCCCUGUUGUGAAGCGCAUUCUCUAUGGCGUGCGAAAGGUCGCUUUCGGUGUGAAUGGAUCUAUCAGUCCGGCGUUCGGAAAUCAUACAGUCGUUCUCAUCAACAGUGACACGGAUCAGGUUGAUGGAAUUUCAUUCAAGAUUACAGAGGAGAAGUGGAUGUCAAAUUUCGCAAAUCUCGAGCAGUUCGCCAGAGUAGGAAAUAGAGUGAUGAGCAUGUACGAGUAUGACUGGAGCGUAAUCGAGAAUAUCAUGGAUGCAAGGUUCAAGCGAAGAACUGAACAGUUAAAGAGCUCGGAUGUUGUUCUAUGGUAUCACUACAAGGAUCCUGAGGUGCCCGAGUCCACGAAAAAUAUGGGAAUAACUACACGCGGAAGUCCAUCGUCUGAUAAGGAAAAUAAUAACGUGCUUUCACCUUCUCGGAAGACUCCACGUUUAUCACAAAAACUAUCAAUGAAAUCGUUGUCUCCAAGGAAAGUCAAUGGUUUGGUGAAAUCUGCGGUGAAGUCGUUGACACCACGGCAAGACUGUAAUCAGCCUAAAUCUCCAACGAGGACAUUGUCGCCACGGAAGUGUAAUGCUUUACCGAAGUCUCCAGAACCAGCACUUUCACCUCGGAAGGCUAAUGGUCUACCGAAGUCGCCGGUGAAAUCGUUGACACCCAGAGAAAUCAACUGCUCGUCGUCUGAUGUAGAUGCUAGCCUCCCAAGUGGUGUAUUUGACCGCAUUCCUGGUCUGGCUUGUCCUUUCACAAAUAAGAUGUUCGACACCAUUGAGAAACUUGAGGAGCAUCUGCAAGUAUCAUAUCCCAUGUUCAAAUUCGAGAUUAUUAAGUCUACACCUUUUACCAUUCAUUUUCUUGUAUCGAGUGCCAUCUCACGUGCGGAUUGGGAAAAACCACCAGCGGAUCCGGAACAUACGAAGAAAUUAUCAGUAGCAGUUGUUUCUCCAAAGAAGAAGAUUCUAUAUGCACCACCUGUUGAGGUGCCAGUCAAGAGAAAGAAUGAGCUUCCAAAAGCUCAGUUGAUUCCGUAUGGAGAAAUGUCAUUUGUACCUCCAACAUACUCAAGAGUCCCAGGGCCGUCAUCCGCCAAAGUCUAUCAUUCGGUGAUUGAGGACACGUGUGACUGGAAAGGUCACUUGAUGGAGAGGAAUAUUCGUGAUUACAUUGACGACACUCCACAAGAGAAAGAGUUCAUGUUACUCCACAACCGUUUUCGCGCCAAGUAUCGGCAUCUAAUUGUUGGCGAGAAACUAACGUUGGAAUUUUACACGAAGUUCAUUGAAAGUUGUGGAAUGGAAAUGAAAAAGAAGCGUAUACGAGCACAUUGUGUCGCACGGCUCACUCGACUUGUACAGCAGGACAAAAUGACGCCAACCAACAUGGCCAAUCUGACUCAGAAAUUAUACGAGUUAGGCCCAAACGAGGCAGACUAA